AUGCCGCUCACGAUAGAAUCCUACCCUCACAUCGCCGAGGCCAUCAUCCUCUCCGCCUCCGCCUCGACCCUCCUCGCCCUCCGACAAACCUGCACCUGGUUCAAAUCUCUAGUCGACCCGUUGCUCUACUCGCAUCUGUCCCACGAAAUUGCGACAGAUUCCACUCACACAAUCCCCCUAGGCCUGCCCGUCGACCUCUGGUCGAACCCCACCGCCGUCUCCUCCCUCGGGGUCCUCGACCUCCAUUUGGGAGCGUACAACGACCCCAACACGAUCGACAUCGAUCUGGACGAUUGGGACGGGGACGAGGACGCCUCCGAAGUCUCCGAGGAAUGGAAAGAGGACACGGCGCGCGUCCUCCCGCGCGCCGCCAAUCUGAUGUAUGCGGUGCUGUAUGGCAGCCACACGACCGUUUUCCGACAUGUGCUCCAGAAUCGCCACGUGCCGACUCUCAUCUGCCCCGUGAGACAGAAAGACUUUAGGACGGACUGGCUCGGCGUGUCCCGAGCUACGGUUGGAGCAUUCGUGCCCACGAACCGGGUUUGGGUUGUCGCCGACCAGGGUCCGCGCGGGGGCGUGCUCCAGAUACAGCUGUUUAAGGAGAAGCCGCUAGCCGUUACUGUCGUCAUUCUUCCUCCUGAUCCGAGUGCGGGUGGGGAUAGAGGGGGACGAGCGGGGGAAGCCGAGGGAGCUGAAGGAGGGGGAGAGGACGAAGAAGGAGAUGACGGAGAUGACGGAGAAGACGGAGAAGACGGAGAAGGCGGAGAAGACGGAGAAGACGGAGAAGACGGAGAAGACGGAGAAGACGGAGACGAGGAAGAAGACGAUGAAGACGAAGGAAACGGAGGACACGAAGCAGGAGAUCGGGACACGUUCUACUUCUACGACUCUUUAGUCGAGACGGCCGCCUUCGAAUCGACCGACACGUCCUCCUUCGCCAUCCAGACGCCCGACGGGGAACCAUACCCCGAUACACCAGCCACGUUCCUCAUCGUCGGUCUCGAGGCGUGGAACGUCUCCCACCCUCUACAGGAUGAGUCAUGGGAGUCCAAGUUCCGGCGCGACUUUGCGACAAACGCGGCGCAGAGGUACGAUCCCGACGAUGCUGAGAGUCACCUGAAUCGGCUGAGGAUGUGUACCCUUGAUGAGUGGAAGAGGAGCGUUACGGAGGAGGAGUGGGACAUUGUGCAGGGCGUGGAGCUGUAG